CUUGGUUGGCUUGUUUUAAAAAAUACCAACGAGUUCAACAACAGGGCGGGUCCAUUUUUAUUUUUCUUUUAAAAAAGUACGUAUAAACAAACAAAUUAACCCAAAUUCUUGUGCAUUAUUUGAGGCAUUAAAUCAGGACAGUUUUAUUGAUACAUCAACAUGCCCUCCAUAUCAACUUGUUGGUCUCCCUGUUUCUGGCACAUGAAUGUUAGAGAGGGCACAUUUGCCGUUGCAUUCUACACCACAUUUUUCCCAAUAGUCAUAAUAGCCUAUACAGCUUAUGUGAUGCGUGGAGGAGAUUCUGCCCAGUUUUAUCUGCCCUACUUUGAAGCUGAUGUGAAAGAUACAAUGCAGUCUGUUGGGGCCAUAGCUAUUCUUUUUUGCUUGAUGUUCAUCAUUUGCUCCUUCAUGUUGGUGCAAGGUGUCAGAAAAGAGUACAGAGGUCUUUUCUUUCCUUGGAUGAUCUGCAUGACACUUGUUGUUUUAUUUCAAGCUGUUUAUGGCUUGUGGAUCAUCAUUGGUUAUUACAUUCUAUGGAAUGUAUUUGUUUCAAUCGUCAAUUGGAUUUGGAUGGCCGCCAAUAUGUAUUUCUUCAUGUGCGUUUGGAGCCAGUACGAAAUCGUGACAGAGUUGCAAGCCCGGCACAUCGAGCUGCUCUACCCGUAAAAAUGUAUACGACGUGUUCCUCCUCUCUUCUCUCUCACUCUUUUAUCACCAGAAGGUAGAUCCAUUUUGGUGUGUAGCAGCUCACCAUUCUCCAACAACAGCAGAGGCCAAAAAAAAAAGAAAAGUUAAUCUCGGCCCUUAAUCUCGACUCUUAAAUCUCAUGCAACAUUUAUAUACAACCGUCCCCUGUCAAUUGCAAUGAUUGUGCCUUACGGAGACCUCAAUGGAUCUGGUCUUGAAUGCAGCAGCAGCACAACAUGGUCGUUAUCGUGUGAGCAGAUCCUUUGACCCUUGUUUUUCUUUCCUUCUCUCUCCUUUUUCCCUCCUGUUGGACAUUUCGAUUCUCUCACGAUUCCUUGAACCAAGUCCGUCCGUUCCAUGAUGCCAUUCCAACGAAAAACAAAAAUAAAAAGGAAUAAAAAAAAGAUUUGAAUACAUGGCUUUGAUAAAA